AAAAGGUACACGUGUGGACUAUUUAAACACUGAAGCGUGCUGGAGCGUCCUUUCCUCCCCCCCCCCCCCCCCCCUCCCGGGUUCAUCUGAAUGGCGCUGAACAACUUUUGUUUAACCGCAGCCUCCUUUGUGUGGGGCGGUCUUUCUUCAACUCUCACCCUUGCUAUCGUCGAACUGGCAAACAUGACUGAUUCUUUGCGCAAAAUUCCACGGGGACACGGUCAGGUCAUCGUCUCAAACUCUCCAACCAAGCCUCUACGACCUCGCCUUGCGCUAGCGGUGCAACUGUCGAGUUACAUUGAACUUAUCUCUGUGAUUGAACUAUAACUGGCAUCAUGACACUAAGAUGACGCAGGACAGUGGCAGAAACAAGUGAAUUUUGUGGGCUAUGCUGAUAGAGCAGCAACAUCGACAAAGUGGCACAUAAUUGUAAAACCAUAAACUCCCCAGGGGGGGGGGGGGGUUGCAUCAAUGUUGUAUUAACGUUACUUAGCGCGACUUAGCCCGACAGGGACAGGGACAAGGAGAGGCAGUUACUAGCUGCUGAGCUAUUGCUGCUGGUGCUGAUGCUAAACACUCAUAAAACACAAAUGAGAUGCGAGGCUCAUUCAGUUAAAGAUUUCUGUUGCCUCAUAAACAAGCUUUAUCGAGCCGAAACCGAAAACAUUAGCCUAUAAGUCAGUAGACAAUUCCGAUAUUAUUGCGCGCAAAGAACGUCACGUGACGGUGAAGCAGAAAAAAAUGGCGAUGAAACAGGGAGUCCUUAAUUCGCCCAAUGGCAGUACUUCAAUAGUGAUGUCCCUUCCUAGCUCCUCGUUUAGAUAUUUGUUUCUGAUUUAUUCUCUGCCUAAAGUUCCACCAACGAAAGCAGCGGCUGUAAUAAGCAAUCUCAGUUGAGGACUAGAUUAAAGGACAGUGGAGUCCAAUUAGAGCUUCGCGUACGAAAAAAAAAACAAAAACUCAAACCACAACUUCCCCCUUCCCACGUACGGCCUAGUCAGGAGGAUCAGGGCGCAGGCACUGGCCUGUGUCUUGCUAACAGUCGGUGGAUUUCCAUUUUUUUCUUUACGAUCACAUCAUAAAAGGUGGAAUUUUAAAAGGAGGACAGUUCUACGAACUCUGUGCUGUAAAUACGGACUCUGCAUUCACAUUGAUCGCCAUAGUUUCUCUCGCAGAACAGAACAUUAUCAUAAUCACUCUGCGUAAGCGCAUCGCCGUUUAAAAUUAAACUUUGUUUUGAGCUCCUUCUGGAUUUUUAGGACAUUUUGAUGUAUGGAGUCGAAUGUAUUGAGAAAAAAAACCCGAUCGCAGACUGUACAGCGAAAGAUUGGAUAAUGAGGGAGACGGAUCGCGGAUCGUAUCUUCUUAGCCGUAAUUUGUACAUUCCUGGCACGCGCCAAACCGCUGCUAUUUCGUGUAAUGUACUUUUUUUCACCUAAAUCUGCGCAAAACGCAUACGCAAAACGAACGCUACCUGACGCUAAUAUUUAGCCCUCUCGAAUGUACUGUGCUGCGUGCUUACUAACUAGCAAACAGUUGUUUUGUGUUUCGCGCAACAUAAACGUAACAAUCGUGUCAAGAUCAAGACCAUAAGUCCCGGGCACCAAAUGGGGUGCACCAUCUUUACCUCUCUCCGUUACUCUCCCUCUCUUUCUCUCUCUUUUUACACUCAUCCGUUUUUUGGUAACAGUUCUCGGCGUUAAGUGUGCAUCGCGCAGUGUAACAGAGGAUUACCGCCCCAGCUCUUCACUUUGGGGCCGCGAUUUUUUGGUGUGUUUACUACGUGGAUUUUUAUCGAACGGCGAUACAGUGUACCCCGUUGGGAGUGGGGAGGCGAAAUGGAAACGAAAAUGGGAGCACACAAACAAACAAAUAGCAAAUCAUAUCAGCAAAUCUCUCUAGUCACAGGAGCGAGCAACAGAAAGCAUAAAAAAUAUGACGCCAGUGUCAAAGCAAUAGACUCAUAGCAACAUGCAUCGAAACUGAUUAAACAAUGCGUUUAUUUCGUUGUUAGCGUAUCGAAUGCUCAACUCAAUGGUCUACUCUUGCUUCACAACGAAAGGGGGUUAGUGGAACGUAUGCCGGAGAUAAGCGGUUGAUGCCGAUGAUAUAACUCAACCGCUCUAAGCACAACGUAAACGUAUACAUAAAACACCCCCCCCCCCCCCCCCACAACCCGAAACCCCAAAAAUUCCCAAAACAUCUCAAACACAACGAUUAUUCAAACGCCAAUCAGCGAAUGAUCAACAUUAGAUUAAACACAAAAACAAUCGAAACACACGCAGACAGGGGGGGAGACACAGAGAAAAAGCACACGAAGAAGAAGAAGAAGGAGGAGGAGGAAGCAGAAUGACGGUGGAAAUCCAAAGUAUUACCAGUUACAAUCAGAAUCAAA